AUGGAGUGGGCAGGUCCCAGAAACCACCUCUCACCCUCCCGGGCCCCUCUGCUGCUGCUGCUGCUGCUGCCGCUCAUGCUGCCAACCUUCGUCCUUGCCCAGGAGGACAAGGAAGGAACAGACAAGAUCAUCGAGGGUGUGGAGUGUCAACCCAACUCCCACCCGUGGCAGGCCGCACUCUUCCGGGGAAACGAGCUAUACUGUGGGGGUGUGCUGGUGAAUAGGAACUGGGUGCUGACCGCUGCCCACUGCAAGCUGCCGGAAUAUCAAGUCUACCUGGGUUACCACAGCCUAAAGGCCAAAGAGAAGGGGAGCCAGGUGAUCAGGGCUCGAACCUCGUACCGCCACCCUAACUACAGCACCAAGACCCAUGUCAACGACCUGAUGCUGGUCCGGCUGGACCAUGCGGCCUCCCUGACCAGCCGCGUCCAACCUGUGCCUCUGCCCACGAGAUGCGACAACCCUGGGACUAAGUGCAUUGUUUCUGGCUGGGGGACCACGACAAGCCCUGAAGUGACCUACCCCGUGGUGCUCCAGUGUGCAGACGUCCAGCUCAUCUCCCAGGCGGAGUGCCGCUCCAUCUACCACGACCUCCUGGGUGAAUCCAUGCUCUGUGCGGGACUCAAGGACUCAAAAACCAAUGCCUGCAAUGGAGAUUCGGGGGGCCCCCUGGUCUGCAACGGGAAGCUCCAGGGGCUCGUGUCCUGGGGAACAUUCCCGUGUGGGCAGCUCAACGACCCCGGAGUCUACACCCAAGUCUGCAAAUUCACAGCUUGGAUUCGGAAAACCAUGGGGGAAAAAUGA